UUUGGCCGACGGGAAUGUGAUGAAUGCAACACCAUGACGAAGCCUUCACUGACUGUUACGCUGGAUGUCGUUGUACGGGGAUCCGUUGAGGAAAGGAUACAAGCUUGGGUCGAUUUGCUGGACCUUUACCGAACCGCAGACAGAGACGGAACCGACCCUGGACCUUUGACUGAAAACGAGAUCGCUGACUUGAUCUUGGCAAUUGAUCGUGAUCUGGCGCCGCAGGAAAAAAAGGAUGCGACUGACGAUGCCUUGGUCCGAGGAGCAUUGCGCUGUGCAGCGUUAUUUCUUCACAGGGGACACUUAAUACCAGGGACAACAAGAGAACAAUGGCGGGGAAUGCUCCAAGGGAUCUGUAAACAUAUUGUGAAGGAGCGAAAUCCAAAACUCACUUGUUUAGGGGUGUGGUGCCUGAGUGUCCAAAGGGUGGAGGACGACGAAGUAUUAGCGGAGAUGGGACCUGCCAUCAUCGAGGCUUUGAUGGCAGCGAUGAAGUACGUUGGAACUGUGGAGGUAUUGCCAAUUGAGCUAUUGAAUGCACUGGACAGGCUUUUCAAGCGAGUCCCAAAACUAGCUCCAGCAGAGUCGCGUAACUGGGUAGUUCCAGUGUUAGAACUAAUGUUCUCGAGCACCGCACGGAUUGCAGACGCGGCAAAUACCUUCUUUCGAGCUGCAGUAGAAUACUUUGUUGCCCUGCGGAAAGAGUGCGAAAUGCAUAUUAAAGCAUUGACAAAUGAGAAAGUGGAGACCCUCAUCGAAAUCUUGCGAAACAACAUCGACCAUACAAAUGUCUACAACGCAUGGGGACAUGUUAUGCUGAUGUUGGGUUCAACGCUGCAUCGUACUCAGCAUUUGAAUGCCCUGUUGCAAGUUGUGGAGAAUGGAUUCAAUUCGUCUGUUCCCGCAAACCGUCUUUCCGCUUUCCGAGUUUGGAGAAGAUUGAUUAUCAACUUCGCUCAGAAAGACCAUCUCAUUCACGAUAAACGAGUCAAACUUGUGCUAUUACCUCUCUUGAAUGGAUUCAAAUACGAAAAGGCAGCGACGGUCAGAAUGGAAUGCAUGAAAACAUACGUCUUUCUGCUCGUGCACCUGAGCUAUGCGACCGCACUGCUAUCCUUCACAGAGUCAACAGUGCUCCCUGUCGCGAAAGAAAUCAGAAAGGAUCGACGAUUGGUGGAUGUGUUUUUGACGGCCGUUAUUAUAAAUGUUGUUGGAAAACUGCACACCGUACCUGCAGACUUUGAUUUGCGGCAGUCACUAUCAUACAUGGAUGAACCAAUGAUAGGUCCUUAUCUACAACACAUUGUUGCAAAUUUACCAUCCGGCGAAUGGUCUCUGGCAGACUACAAGGUGUUUCUGUAUAUAAUGGAAAUGGCGAUCGAUCGCUGCAAGGUGUCGAAACAGCUUAUCCCGAAGGUGCAACUCCUGUGGGAACAUGUGGUCGCUUAUGUGAACGAUUCCAUAGCUGACCAUGAGCGAAACCUCAGCCCAUUAGUAGACGCAAUAUCUUUCCUAUGGAAAACCUCUGUCAAAACUGAGCUCACUGAAUUCUCAAGGAAACUUGCUGAGAUGUUCCGCAUCGAAAUACCUGAGCCCGCUGGUCGUUUGGAAGCUGAGCAGCAAGAACUUCAAUAUCGACAUGCCAAAGCGGUAGUUAAAAUGGCUAGCAAGCUUGUGAAACUCCUAGAGAUAAAAGGCUCUGGACGGAAAAAUAUGCAACUUCUUCUUUCAGAUCUUGCUGCUCAGUAUCAAGUUGCGGAAGAUGUAUCGCCCAUUGAGAACCAGCAUCGCAGAACGCAGACUAUAAUAAAUCGGUUGUCAAGCGAUGGCCAUCAUUCUUCUCCCAGAAAGGAGAAUCUAACUGAUCUUCCUAAAUCUCACGGAAACUCUGAAGGAGAUCUUAUGGAAUACGUGCAAAUAACAGACAAGAAAAAAAUGGAGAUGCAAGCAAAGGACGAACGCAUUUUAACUCCAAGACAAAUGGAAAAGAGGGCGGAGCGUGAAGUGGUACCCGCUGAGAUGUAUGAGACAAUGGAUAGAUCACAAUCGCAUUCCGAAGAGAUGAAGACUCCAACAGCUAGCGACAAGGAACUGGGCCGGAACACCCCACCCGAGCGUCCAAUAACAGUAACGCCUGUAUUGAAACGGAAAAGAUCUGAGGCUGAUGCUCCAGACCAAGCAGCUUCAUGGGGAUUCAUGGACCAUUUGACGUCUUUGAAAAAGUGUUCAAAAGAGUUGGAAACGAUGGAUGUCCGCGAGCUGCUUCAAAUCCAACGUGAGCUCCACAAUCUAAUAGGAGACGUGCUAAGGAUAACCAGUGAUAGAAAUUUAUCACAAACUUAAUAGUGGACCAGCAGAUACAAGAACCUCGUUCAUCUGUACAGAUAGCAGGAAGUUUACAUGUAGAUAACUUAGGAUAUUGGCGGUAUUUUGUGUAUAGAAACUGACAAAAUCACGAUUUGAAUCAAAACCUGA